GCCAUUUUGCAAUGGCGGAGGAGGAGGCGCUAACAGCAUCGGAGCCGCUCGCGCUCGAGUCCUCGUUUACGCACUGGGCGCGCUGUGUGGAGGUGCCGAUUGGUGAAGGUCGUGUCGUGUCUGUGGAGCAGGAUCCGGACUCGUUUGUGUUGGGAACAACCGUCUGGGACAGCAGCAAGACGCUGCUCAAGUUCAUCGAGCAGCGACCCGAGCGGUUCCAGCGCUUUUCGUCCAUCUGUGAGCUCGGCGCGGGCUGUGGGGGUCUUGCAGGCAUUGCCAGUGCAAUUGUCACUAGCGGACUAGCUGAUGUGGUGCUCACAGACAUUGGACCUGUGCUCCCGUGGCUACGACGCAACGUAAGAGAAAACCUGACAGGCAAAGAGAUGCAGCGGGUCCGCGUGGAGCAGCACGCUUGGGGCACGCCUGUGACAAAUCUCAAGGCGCCGUUCGACUGUAUCUUGUGUGCCGAUGUGGUGUAUGAGAAGGCGUGCGUCAAGCCCUUGGUGCAGUCACUGCUGGCUCUGUCACACCGCAAGACCGUCAUCUUCUUGGCUAAUGAGCGUCGUGCACCGGAAGUUCGAGCGGAGUUUAUGAAACACUUGGAUUCGUAUUUCCAGUGGAAAGAAGUGCCCAAGACGGAGCUGGAUGCCGAUUAUCUGAAAGAAGCGAUCGAAGUGUUCGAGAUGAGACCCAAGAAACGUAAAGUCCCGUUGGAGAUGCAGAUUGUGACUCCUGAGAACUAUAACCCUGACGAGCAGGAGUAUCAUGCGCUGGGUAGUGGCGCUAGAAACGAGGCGGAUCCGUACGACCGGGAUCUCUGGAAUGACUUGUUAAGAGAUCUGUCCUUAGAUCCUACAGACAAGAAGAAACCAAGCUGAUGUCGUCACAGCAACAAUAUCCAUUAGUUGUGCAAGAGGCAGUCGUGUUGAUG